AUGAAGGGCUUUUGUCUACGAGUGAAGUCCGAGAGUGAAGACUACAUCCGGAAAUAUAUCACCAUGGUACAGACGCAAUUCUGUAAGAAGGUCAAGUUUGUGCGCCAAGACGGAGCUCGCGAGUUUGCAACGAACUCGCUUCAAGAUUUCUACGAGGAUGAAGGCAUUGAACAGCAGACGACGGUGCCGUAUGCACACCAGAACAACGGAACAGCAAUCGCGCCAUCGGGACUAUCGUCACGAUCGGCCGCAGCAUGCUUCACCAUGCCAAGUUGGACAAGUGCUUCUGGGCUGAAUUAG